AGUGGCUUCGUUGUUAUUGUCGAGGCGUUGAACGUUGGUGAACUCCAACAGUUGAAGAAAUCGUUGUUGUAGUUGUUGUUUAAAUCAUCAUCAUCAUCAUCAAUUUUCUUCAACGUUGUCCGGCAAUCCGGAAUGGGAUUCUGCUCCAUCCUCGCAGCCAAAGUUCUCGUCAUCAUCUUCAUCAUCUCCACCUACUCCACCUUCUCGUCGACCUCGUCAUCCUCCCAGGUCCAGGCACUAGCAUCGCCCAUUGUAGAGAAGCAAUGCCCCGAGGGACAAUACAAGGCAAAGAGCAACAUUUGCUGCCAGCUGUGUCCGGCAGGACAUUUCCGUGGCUUUGAUUGCGAGCUUGAAGGUGGGUCGAGCUUUUGUCUCUCCUGCUUCGAAGGCGGAACGUACACGGACACCAGCAACAACGCGGACGCUUGCAGCGCAUGCAGAACCUGCGCCAGAGAGGAGGAAUUGGUGGCUCCGUGCACUGCCAAGCGUGACACCGCGUGCCAAUGCAGGGAUGGAUUCUAUCGGUCUCCGCAAUCGGGGGCGUGCGAGCUGGUGGACUCGGGCGUGCAAACGACUCCAAUUUUGAUUUUAAUCAUAACUGCAAAUCUACUACUCAUAAUGACGUUGGCCAUCUUGAGUUUCUACGUCUGGCGCAAGAUGGCAUCUGCUCAUUCAGGAACCCGUACAGAAUAUGGAAAGGUGUACAUGUCACUCUCGAAUGAUAGCAGUCAAACCAAGAUCUAUGGCAAUCGACGGCAGCUGCUCGAGGAGAAACGGCGCCAGCUCAGUAAAGAUGUCGGAAGGAACGCCGCGUGUCUCCUGGAUGAGCUCGACAGCAGGGGCCUCAUCUCGCGGGGAGACUACAGCGACGCUAAACUGAUCGCGAGCGGUGAAGAAUCCGUCACCUUUCUGAUCGAGAUCUUCCUCGCCGCUGGAGAGAUGGCAUGCCAGAAGUUCCUGGACACCCUUUACGCCGUGAAAGACAAGUACCAGCACAUGGAGGGGUUUUUCAACGAGCUUGACCAGCUGUCCAUCGUGGCCGUUGAGGGGACAUCUCUGAGGCACAUUCGGAAGAAGAAGCCUCGUCUCAAGGAGUGGAUCAGCAAGGACCCAGACUCUCUGCUGGAUAAAAUGCACCACAAUGGGCUCAUAACAACCAUCGAGUUUGAGAGAAUCAAGGGAACGCCUGGCGCUUUAAAAUGUGCGGGCUCGCUCCUCGAUUUGGUUCUUGACGGCGGUGAUCAGAAGUGUGAACAACUCCUGUCCAUCCUUAGAGGCAUGACAAAUUACCCGCGGGUUGAUCAGUGGCUACAACGCCUUGAUGCGAAGUUGAAUUGUGAUGAUGAUUCGGUGAUUUCCAGCCAAGAUGAAAGCAACAAGAUCGUGGUUGUUCCUGGGAACGCUCUGCACGUGAUCCGACGCAAGAAACCCGAGUUGAAGCGUUGGCUCAGCAGGAACCCCUCGUACUUUCUGGAUGAGCUGAACACAAAGACGUUCAUCUCAAAGGAGGUCCUCUCCAAAGCCAAGAAGAAUCCCCAACAGUUGGAGGGCGUGUGUUUGCUGCUCGACUACUUCAUUGACGGAGGCGAGCGGAAGUGUCAGAAGCUGCUGGAAACGCUCCAAGACCUCAAGGAACAAUAUCCAGAAAUCAAACACUGGCUUCACCGCCUUGAGGACGAGGCACAGAUUGUGGUUGUGGAGGAGGACAUCGAAGAGCAGAUCUCUCGCAACCGGGACAACCUCAUCCAGUGGAUCUCCAAAGACCCAACCUUCCUCCUGGACGAGAUGGACAGCAAGUGGUACAUCGAGCGGCGCGUCUACACCCAAGUCAGGGACAAGAGGGAUGGCUUAGAGUGCGCCAGCUUCCUCCUCGACCACUUCGUGUCCGGAGGACAGGGAUACCAGAAGCUGCUUGUGGCGCUGAGGGCCGUCCAGAGACACUAUGACCCCAAGCUACGUACCUGGCUGGAUAAGCUAAAAUGUCCGGGUGCAACCGGUUCUCCAACUGUCCGUGAUAACCGCAUCGUGGUCGUGGCUGGGAACGCGCUUCACGUGAUCCGAGGCAAGAAACCCGAGUUGAAGCGUUGGCUCGGCAAGAACUCCUCGCCUCUGCUCAAAGAGCUGGACAAGAAGCAACUCCUCUCCGCGGAGAUUCUCUCCAGAGCCCGGAGCAUUUCCUUUGAACUGGAGCGUGCGGGCUUCCUGCUUGACCACUUCAUCGACGGAGAAGAGAAGAGGUGCCAUCAGCUCCUGUGCACGCUGCAAGACCUCAGGAGCUGCUAUCCGGAGGUCAACGUUUGGCUCGAGACUCUCGCGAACGAAGCCCACAUCGUGGUGGUGGAGGAGGAGACGGAGGCGGUCGUCCAGGGCAACAAGGACGAACUCAAGGCGUGGAUCGCCCUCGACCCCUCGCUGCUGCUUGACGAGAUCGACAGCAAGUGGUACGCCCAGCGCUCGUUCUACAUCACGGCCAAGAACAUGGAGAGCAAGGACGAGUGCGCCGCCUACAUCCUCGACCAUUUCAUCGACGGGGAGGCGGGCUACCAGAAGCUUCUGGUGGCUCUGAGAGCCGUGCAAGACCACUACCCUCAGCAGUUGCGCGUGUGGCUGGACAACCUCGGAUCGUCAAAGAUCCAGACGACUCGAGGUGGAAGCCAGUCAAGCCACUCAAGUGUGGAUUGCCCCGUCACUGUUGAGUUUUCAUAACUGAGAUAAUAUCAGCAAUGGUGGCUAUACAAUUAAGUGCCCAUCAACUUUCAUCAUAGCCAGCCACACAAACUGCUGGAUGAAGGCCUCCUCGUGCACUCUACAUCGCUCAUGGUUCCUGUAGCUUCUGAUCUCACAGCUCCAUCUCUCUGAGGUGGACAUCACCUUGUCCGUUUUUGCUGAUUUUCGAUGCCAAUGUGAUCUUGAAAUUAUUCCAAAAUUGGUAUUGGGAGCCACUGAAGGGAUUGGAAUCUUUAGGGUGAUGUAGUCUCUUAGACGGGUGCGGAGUUUGGCGAGAUGUUAACUGCCUCGCCUGGUGUGCAGGAGGUCGUGGGUUUGAUCCUGACCCUGAUGCCUGCUGCUGUACAUUUGGAGUUUGUGGUGACUCUCUCCCAGUGGUGGUUGCGCAGAUUUCUCUCCCUCUGCGGAUCUAUGGGUCUCUCUGAAUAUGGGUCUCUCGUCGCUGCGAUCAAACGAAGAUGGCAGCGACGAUGGCAAUGAGACGACAGCUACGACGAGACGAGCUUUUAGGUACCAGGGGCUCCCAAAUGGGCCUUCCGUGACCCUUGGCCAAAUUCCUCCGCCCUGCCGACACACACACCGUGUAUAUGCUCACCGGCGUGUGCACUGUUUGUACACCGCAGUUGCCGCUGAUGGUCACCAGCCAGCGCUAUUACACUACGUACGUAUGAGCUUCUUUCGCAUUGUAUAGCCUUUUUGUUUUCUGUCAAUUUCAUUAAAUUUUUGGGGGGAAUUCAGCAAAAGCUACCCUCGUCCAAAGCUGACUUUGUGCGCAGACCGGUAUGCAUGAGUGCUAGGGUUCCACUGAUAAUGCGUAUGAUAAAGUGAAGUUUCAGCGUUUGUAUGUGUGUAUGUUUAACUACUUUCGCACCGUAUGUAGCCAGCCAUACUAACUGUCGGUGCGGGGGAAGGAAAACGAACUAAACACAAAUCAUUUUUGAAGAAAUUAGUCUUCUAUCUAAUUGAUUUCAGUUUUUCAGUUUCAUGUAUUUGGUGUAGCCCUGUGAGCCAUUCGGCUCUUGAAUCGGGUGCAACCGCAACAAACAAAAAACAAAAACAUGAACAAGAAAACAUCUUAAAGUGACUUUGCGCAAACAGAAAAAUCCAGCAAAAGUAGCAAAAAUAUUCCAGGAAAAGCACCGUACAGCGACGCUUUGAACGUGCACAGCCUCAGUGGGCUUCCAAAUAUCGGCAGCAAGAGCGUUCCAGACGGCCGCAGAAGCGCAUCCGAAAGCGCCGCGCGACGUGGUGGCCGCCAUCUUUGUUUGAUAGCCGCCAUCUUUGUUCGAUAGCGAGCCAAAAGCCGCUGCCGCGAGGAUGGUGAACGGAGUUCGCGUGAUUGUGGUUCAUGAUAAUUGGUUCUUUACCCUUCUAUCUGGCAGCAAAACUGACACCUUUUUACAAGGAGUCAUGU